UGAACUUGUUCAAUUUGGUAUUUAUGUGUGUAUUUGGAUGUAUAUUUUAUAUUUUUGUUCGGUAUUUUGUUACAACACUUUGUAUAAAGAGGGUUCACCUCGUUGACUUCAAAUAAAUAAAAAAUUACUUUCUUCAUACACCGCUGUAAAGAGGUUUUCAAGACUUUUCUUAUGAAGUAUCUCUCAACUCUUCUUCCCUAUUCAAUUUUGAGGGGUUGAAGCGCCCCCCCUUAGGAGGUUGCUCGUUUAAACCUCAAAAAUACAUCAAAAGAUGUCCCCAAAACAAAUCAUUCGACUUUUUUUGGAAAAUUUUUCCAAUCACUAUGGUAUAAGAUAUUUGGGGUGGCUCGUCUGAGAUGGAACACCUUGUAUAUUCUGAAAUAUAAGAUUUAAAAACGAACUCUCACGUGAAAUAUCGGAACGCAUCCGAAUGCGGAACGCAUCCGAAUGUUGUAGAGGAGUGAAGCGGUUGAACCACGGGGGAGACGUUCUCAUUGGCCGCUUCAAAUACGAUUCACAUCUACAGUUUCAGAGCUACGGAGGAUCCAUACAGCGUUGCCAUAUCAAUAAUAAAGGCACCAAAAAAAAAAGAUUUUCGAUGGAAAAAUUAUUCUCGAACACAGAAAAUAAAUCAAAUAGGUAUAGGUGAUGAUAUUCAAAAGUAUUGAUAAAGUGUUUCAGAGUCAACGAAGAUUAUGGUGGGAUUCUAUUUUCCAUGAGCUUUUCAAGAAGCCCACACAUCGUAUAUGUUUCCAGUUUCCAUUUGAAAAACGGAAUGGUAUUCGGCUAAGGAAUUAAAGAAAAAACAGUCGAUUUUAUUAAAAAUCAAUUGACGGGCUUAUGCUUUCAUUUUGAUUUAUUGGUCGAAGAUUAUAUUUCAGACUUAUGCCAUAUCCUGUUCCCGUAUAUACUACGAUUCAAGAAUUUCAUUUCAAGUGCUCCGGCAACCCUGCUGAAAUAUUCCAAUAUUCGAAAUGAGUGGCUACGAGGCUACGUAUUGACCACCCAAUAGCGGAACGGAAUCAGCAGCGAAUAGAAAUCCUUCUUUUGAAAUUAUCAACCGUUUUUGAACAUUGGGCUUGCGCUUGGUUUGCCGCUUCAGUCUUCAGUUCAUUUGAAACGUUCUGGCUGCUAUUUCGCUUGUUUGAUAGAUUUUCGAGAUUUUCCUGUGUUUUGUUGAGAGUUGUUAUUUGUUAUUGUUUUUAUUGUUGUUAUUGUUGUUAUUGAGUGUUUGUUGAAGUUCCUGUUGUUUUUUUCGAUUGAUUUAUUCCUUGAUAAAAAAGAAGGUGAGUAAAUAUAAAAGGGUAAUUUCAUAUUAUUUGAUGAUAAUACUUUUCCGAAAAGAAAAUGUGUGUACAUAACAUAAUUGGUAAGUAAAAUUAGGUAAACCUGAUGAGGUAUGUAGAGCUAUAAUCUAGUCGAGUCCAAAACACCUAAGUAUUAUAGGUCUAGUUUUGUAACAUAUCCAUUUCCGACAUGGCUCUCCAUAUAAGUAUUUGGAAAAUACAAGGCACAAGUCUGUUCAUUUACCAAUGAACACCCAUGUUCUUAUAAAUUAUUGAUUUUAAAAACAUUUUUUUUCAGAUGGAACUAGUUGAAGUACCAAAAGGUACUUAUUAUAUUUCACCCGAAAAUUUCAUCUUCAUCAAAGAUAAACAGGCAUCGAGAGGCAGGACAUAUUUGAAAUGUCAAGAUCCAUUGUGCUCUGCCAGAAUCAUAAUGCAGGAGGGUCAGCAAUGGAUUUUGAGAGCGGAGCAUAACCAUUUGCCAGAUUUGGUCCUGCUUCAAGAUAUUCGGCUAAAGAGUAUCUUAGCAUUCAGAAGCAGGACCGAAACAUCAACUCUCCUCCAUAUAUUUAUGGAGGAAGAGAUUCGCCACAAUGAGGCAUCAUUGAGGCUCACAAAUGGGUUCCUCAGUGUAAAACCGAUGAUGCAGCGGGAAAGGAGGAAAGUGCAACCUCCCAUACCAGCUACUUUGGAGGAUGCUGCUGGCUAUUUGGCAAAUGCAUCAUAUCGGAAAUAUUCAUUAGAAUUGGGGCCACAACAGAGACCAUUCUUCGAUGGCAUCAGGGAUGGAUGUCUCUUUUUUGUGUCCCCUGGUAUUUUAAGAGAGGCAAUUGAUGCGAAUAGUCUCCACUUGCACAUGGACGCGACAUUUAAAAUUGUGCCCAGAGCAGGUGGAGCCCAUCAAUUGUUUAUAAUCCAUUGGAUGAGGGAUCACACGGCAUACCCUGUGGUGUUUUGCAUGAUGCCAAACCGCACCAGGGAAACAUACACUGGGGUACUGCGAUACACCAGGCAAUUAUUUGGCGCCUCCCAUAUCUCCUCUGUCCUUUGUGAUUAUGAGGUGGCCCUGAGACAUGCAGUUCGAGAAGUGUUUGCUGGAAUUUCCUUGAGGGGCUGCUGGUUCCACUUCGCAAAAAAUGUAUUUCUCAAAGCUCGCCAAAUGCAUAUAAAUGACGCAGUUGCCGUCAGAAUGGCUAUGGCCCUUCCAUUGUUGCCCGCAGAACGAAUUUCUGAAGGGAUAGACUUCGUUUGCGAUAGAAUCAAUAAUGAUGUAUUCACAAGGUACAUGCAGAGACAGUGGCGUAACACCAAUAUUUCGGUGUUUGGUUUCGAUAACCGUACCAAUAACGCCAUCGAGUCUCUGCAUGGACAACUCUUAAAAAUCAUAGGCCGCGCACACCCCAAUUUUUGGGUGUUCGUUCUAUUUCUUCAGAAAUUCGAACACUACAAGUGCUCUGAUCUAAUCAGAGUACUUAGCGGGCUGCAGUUGAGAAGACGGGGGAGACGCCGUUAUAUUGAACUCAAUCAAAGAAUCAAUAAUGCUCAGCAUCAAUUUGAGCAAGACGGCAAUCUGCGUCAAUUUUUGAGUGUGACCAGCCAUACGGUCAUUGGCAUUCACAGGCUAUUUGACCCAAAUGUGCCAAUUGAGGAAAUUCCAGACACGGAGGGAAUGGUCCCGAACGAUGUCCAGGGCUUAGAGGAGGCUGCUAAUAUUGACCUGGAUGUCGAAAACGCAGCCUUAGUGCCGUUGGUGGAAAUGCUGGAAGACCAAGACGUUGAUGAGCUUCCGAUUGAAGAAGCCGCAGAUCACUCUCAGGCCCAAGAGGAUCAUUUGGCUCAAGAGCUCCAGAGAGUCACAGAGCAGCCUUCUCCACGGGAACCUGAAGCUCAUCCGCUUGCAGAUAUGACCUGGUGUGAUUUAUUACAAGCCAUGACAUGUAUUGAUUGGAAAAUUUGUUUUACAGGUAGCUGUGUUGCUUGCUAUACAGAGCAUGCAACACAAGCAGUGGUGCCCUGUGGGCACAUUGUCUACUGUAACAACUGUCUUGCCACAGCUACACAAGUAGGGGACAUAUCUCGAUGUCCCCAAUGUCGUAGUAGUGUGCAGCAAUUUCUGCAACUGUUUGCACCAUAA